AUGGGUUACUACUCGAACAUGUCAGGAAGUUCAGGUGUCCAAAAGUCAAGCCGGGCUACGCGGCCCGAAUCUGGAAACCAUCUACGCACCCUCCGCGCCAUGCCGGAGCAGACUAGAGACUCCAUUGUUGCCGAAGCCAUCAGGGAUGACCGAUUUCUAAACAUUGUGCUGGACGCGGUGGAUGACUGGACCAUGUACUCUCGAUGGUACACAGGGGGGCCACGACAAGUGUAUAAUAUCCUACAUGAUAUAAGGGCUUUGCGACGCAGUGCCCUCAGCCACAUGAUGUGGGAACGCAUCCUCGAUGGGAAGCCGGCAAGGUUCCUCGAGGCCAAAGCCGAGGUGGAAAUCGGCGGGGAAAUGAGGACCAUUGACAUUGGAGACGAGCAGACAACGAUCCUCAAUAUUGGCUUCGGAAACGGGGAAUGGGCCUUCGAUGUCGCCAGGAACCACCCAAACGUCAAAAUCUUGGGGGUUGACAUCUGCAUCCCACCGCGCAUAAUCGGCCCUAACAACCUCACGUGCGUGUCCGGGAACUUCGACUCCCCGUUCUGCACCUUCGACCCAGACCACGUCGGCAAGUACUCGCUGAUCCACAUCCGCUCCGCGGUGCAGUCCGUCCGGGACGUCCGGCGCUUCCUCGAGCAGUGCCGCGACAGCCUCGGCGCGGGCGGCCGCAUCGAGAUGCACGAGUUCGGCCGCCUCACCGCCGACGACGGCUCUCUGGCGGGGACGGCGAUCGAGGAGGUCCUGCGUCGCGAGCGUGAGGCCGCCGCGGGGCCCGGCCCCGGCCCCGGUUCCGGCGUCGGCGUCGGCUCCAGCGGCCGCCUCCCCGGCGACGACCCGCUGCCGGGCCUGGGCCGCCUGCUGGAGGACGUGGGCUUCGUCGACGUCGUCGUGGCCAGGUCGAGGUGCCCCGUCAACCCGGGGACCGUGGCACCCGGGUGGGCGGACGGGGAGCUCAACGGGAGGGACCAGAAGGAGAGGGAGGUCGCGAGGCUGUACCGCCGACAGUUCGACGACGGCCGCCUGCUGGACGCGCAGUGCAAGAGCGGGCUCAUGAAUGGCCUGGGGUGGAGCGAGGAGAGGGUGGACGCCCUGAUUGGGCGGGUCAGGAGGGAGCUGAGAGAUCCCGAGAUAAGGGCGUACUCUCCGGCGCCAUCAGUCAGUCCAGUCCCAAAGAAGAGGGUGGAGGCGGAGAUUGGCGACAAUCAGUGCCCCCCUCGUCUCGCUCAGCCGUGCCCGUCCACACCUUUUCUCAGCCGGCUGCUAGAGGAUUCGUCGUCCGGACGCGCCGACAAGUUGAGUGGCUGA